AUGGAAAUUCCUGAAUUAGAAGGUCUUAGAUUAGAAGGUCCCAAAUUAGGAGUUUCGGAAUUAGAAGGUCUCGAAUUAGAAAGCAUAGAAAGUCCUGAAUUAAAAGGCAUGCAGGGUCCCAAAUUAGAAAGCAUAGAAGGUUCUGAAUUUGAUAACCCUGAAUUAAGUUCUAAAUUUGGGG